AUGCCAACAGCAAACCUUAGUCCUUCCAAGAUCACCAGCACGGCUCCUCUGGACCCGAAUGAGGCUCGCUGGAUCAAGACCGUGCAAAUUACUUAUCAGGAUCCUAAUGGAGUGGAGCGAUCCUGGGAGUCUGCGGAAAGGACUACUAGGCCCGCCGGCUGUGGUAUCGAUGGUGUGGGGAUCGUCACGAUUCUCCAGAAGGCUUCCGGGCCAGAACUGCUCUUACAGAAGCAAUACAGACCCCCUGUUGAUAAGGUGGUCAUCGAGGUGCCGGCGGGGCUGAUUGAUGCGGGAGAGACGCCGGAGGUAUGUGCUGUCCGAGAGCUGAAAGAGGAAACGGGCUACGUCGGUGUCGCAGAAAAAACGAGCCCGAUCAUGUACAACGAUGCGGGAUUUUGCAACACGAACCUUCAAAUGGUUCAUGUGAGUGUGGACAUGAGUCUGCCUGAAAACCAAGACCCGAAACCCGAGUUGGAGGAGAGUGAGUUCAUUGAGUGUUUCUCUGUUCCUUUGGCUACGCUCUUUGAUGAGAUGAAGAAGUUGGAGCAGGAGGGCUAUGCCAUCGAUGCCCGAGUGGGUACUGUCGCGGAAGGAAUAGAACUGGCCAAGGCACUUAGACUAUGA